UAGCGAAGUCGAUACAGGGGACCGGCUGACUCAUGGGCAUUUUGGGGGCCCAUCGGGCUUUACGAUCUGCCGUCAUUUGACCACGGCCGUAGUUGCUCGCCAAUUCCCCGCUAAGCCGUCGUUCUUAAAAAGCGGGUUCUUCCACCAGAUCAAUGGAGCACGAACCAUUUCCCCUUCCACUCUUCAAACGGUGACCGGUUAGCGCCGUGAAAUACCAUGGCGAAAGUACCAUCUCGCACGAGUAUGAGUUCCCUUGCCGGAAGCUCUGGCUCUCGAACUUCCCACAACCGGGUGCGCAUCGAGGAGCCCUCCGCUCCUGCUACUACGCAGCUCACCCGUCCCCGACGACGGAAGUCAGUGACGCAACCCUCAUCUCAGCCUGGCUCCCAUUCACAAGCCCCGGAUGAUCCGACUGAAGCUCUGGAGAGCCACAGUGUGUGCCUUGAGACCGUGAAGGAUCUCGAAUGCGAUCUACAGAAGGUGGAAAGUGACCUACAGAAGGUGGAAGCGGAACGAGAUAAGCUGCGGGGGGAGAACCAAUGUUUGAGGCAGCAGCUCUCGCAGGCACAGCACGCCCAGUCCGUCGGCCACACAUGGGAGGACAUACAGCGGGCCGUCCACGGAGCCCAAGAGGCCCUCAACACCUGCCACCAGCAACUCAUUAGCUGUACGGCCAAUGCGACCAAUACGGGCGUACCGUCUGCCACCCUACCGGGAUCAACAGCGGGACAGGAUUCUCUGUGGGCGAACCAAGAUGAGGGGGCUUGAGGUGUUGAAUCCUCAGAUGUUUUCUGAAGUUUAAGAUUCGAGCAAUGCAAAAUCCAG